AUGGCCACCGAACUCCCCACCAGUAGCACCAAUGGUGAUGCCUCCAAGAAGGGCGAUAACAGCUUCACUGUCAAGACUGGAUUGGCACGCAUGUUGAAGGGAGGUGUUAUUAUGGAUGUUGUCAAUGCCGAGCAAGCAAGAAUAGCUGAGGAGGCCGGAGCUGUAGCUGUCAUGGCUCUGGAACGUGUACCUGCAGAUAUCCGAGCUCAGGGAGGUGUGGCACGUAUGUCUGAUCCCAAGAUGAUCAAGGAGAUUAUGGCAACUGUUACUAUUCCGGUGAUGGCCAAGGCGAGAAUCGGUCACUUCGUUGAGUGCCAGAUCCUCGAAGCCAUUGGCGUAGACUACAUCGACGAGUCCGAAGUCCUCACACCAGCCGACCACGCCCACCACGUCGAGAAGCACCCGUUCUCCGUCCCCUUCGUCUGCGGCUGCCGCAACCUAGGAGAAGCCCUCCGCCGCAUCUCCGAAGGCGCCGCCAUGAUCCGCACAAAAGGCGAAGCUGGAACAGGAGAUGUCAUUGAGGCAGUCCGACACAUGCGCACUGUAACUGCUGAGAUCCAGCGCGCAGGCACCAUGUCCGAUGCCGAGUUGCGGAUACUAGCUAAGGAUAUCCAGGCGCCCUUCGAGCUGCUCAAGGAGACUGCUAAAUUAGGGAGAUUACCUGUUGUUAAUUUUGCGGCGGGUGGAAUUGCUACACCUGCUGAUGCGGCGCUCAUGAUGCAGUUGGGCUGUGAUGGUGUCUUUGUAGGAAGUGGAAUCUUCAAGUCGGGAGAUGCAGCGAAGAGAGCGAAGGCUAUUGUGCAGGCUGUUACGCAUUACAAUGAUGCGAAGGUUUUGGCGGAGGUUAGUGAGGAUCUUGGUGAGGCGAUGGUAGGAUUGAACUGUGGGACCAUGGAUGCGAAGGAUAAGAUGCAGGGUAGAGGAUGGUAG